GUAAAAUUAGAGUUUCUCGUAUGUUCUGUUAUUUUUUGCGCGUCCCUGUUUACCUACAAUAUGAUAAAAUACUCUUAGUAUUAAAUUUCUGCCGUAAUGAAAACCGUUCGAAUGUGACCAGUGUUAUGUUAUGAUACAGCCGAACUACGGAUAAGUAUUUUUUUUAGUGCAAAGACCGAUUAACCGCAAACUGCCCGUUUGACUCAGCGUUGGAAACAACAAAUACCAGUCGAUAUCACCACCGAAUAUGUCCGAGAUAGUAUACCCAUCGGGCUGCCGCCCGAUUAGCGAUGAUCUCAACACGGACGAACUAAUAAGACGUUUGAAAACGUUGGCUCACACGUUACAGGCCAUGGGCCAGGACGACGGGGCCUACAAGCAAUACAUACCGUUAUCCUUGCACCUCGCCGAAGAGCAAUUCCUCUCUCACACGUCCCGUGACGUUCAGUUACUGAUAGCCUGUUGCAUAGCCGACGUUCUAAGAGUAUACGCCCCGGAGGCACCUUACAAAGACUCGGAACAAGUCAAAACGAUCUUUCUGUUUCUCAUAACGCAGCUGUCCGGCCUGAAGGAUCCCAAAGAUCCCGCUUUCAAGAGAUACUUUUAUUUAUUAGAGAACUUGGCCUACGUUAAAUCGUUCAACAUGUGCUUCGAGCUGCAGGAUUGCCAGGAGAUAUUCUGCGCGUUGUUCCUGUUGAUGUUCAAGAUAGUUAACGACGAACAUUCGGGCAGAGUGAAGAGCUUCAUGUUGGACGUGCUGUGUCCUUUAAUAUCCGAAAGUGACAUGGUUAGCAACGAUUUAUUGGAUAUAGUAUUGAUAAAUAUUGUAGAGCCGAAUAAAACGCAGCACAAGAACGCCUAUUUCCUAGCCAAGGAAUUGAUUAUAAAGACAUCGGAUACACUCGAGCCGUACAUACAGGCCUUCUUCAACCACGUACUGAUACUAGGAAAGGAGGACAAGAAUUUACAAAUAAGCGGUAAAGUGUACGAUCUCAUAUACGAACUGAACCACAUCAGGCCCCAAAUACUGCUGGCCGUAUUACCUCAAUUGGAAUGCAAACUGAAAAGUCCCAACGAGAGCGAUCGAUUGGCCGCCGUGGCACUUUUGGCGAAGAUGUUUAGCGAAAAGGACUCGGAAUUGGCCAAGCGUCACAACGCCCUGUGGAGGGCGUUCCUGGGCAGGUUCAACGACAUCUCCAUAACGAUACGGACCAAGUGCGUGCAAUACUCGAUGCACUUUCUGCUCAAUCAUCCGGAUCUCAGGAAAGACAUUACGGAGACGUUGAAAUUGAGACAACACGAUUCCGACGAGAACGUUCGCUAUCAAGUGGUCAUGGCCAUCGUGACUACGGCCAAGAACGAUUUCCAGAUCGUUUCGGAUUCCGAGGAUCUGUUGGAGUUUGUUAAGGAACGAACGUUGGAUAAGAAAUUUAAGAUACGUAAAGAAGCCAUGUCCGGAUUGGCUAUGAUUUACAAAAAGCACCUAAGCGAUCCCGACGUGCCCAACGCCACUAAGAAAGCCGUGACUUGGAUCAAAGAUAAGAUAUUACACGGUUAUUACAUGACAGGCAUCGAAGAUCGAUUGCUGGUCGAAAGAUUGCUGAAUACCAGCUUAGUACCAUUCCAGUUGCCUUCGGGUGAGCGUAUGAAGAAAUUGUACCAUUUACUAGGUACAGUAGACGAUCACGCCACCAAAGCCUUCUUAGAACUGCAAAAAAACCAGUUGUGCGUCAGGAAGCUAGUGCAAGAGUUCCUGGAGUUGCACAGGAGAUCCUCCAAUGGUAGUAACGAGGUACUUAAAGAGCUUUCGUUGAAGAUCCAAAACUUGUCCAAGUACCUGCCGGAGCCGGUGAAGGCCCACGAGUACCUCACCAAAUUCAGCAAUCAUUUGAAAUGCGACAGCGCUCUGAUAGAACACUUCAACGUGGUGGUGAAGCCGUCGGUGAGUUGCAAGGAGUGCUCGGAAGCGACGGCGGCCGUACUGAGAAAACUCGGCCCGCCGGUGAUGACGAAUCUCUACUAUAACACGGUGAAAAUGCUGCUGGAGCGCAUCAGUAACGUGAUGGUCGAUCACGAGGCCAUCGGGCUGUUGGUGGGCUACGUGGAGGACUGUUUGCGCGGCGGGAAUUCCAUCGAGGAGAUCGGUCUGCAUCCGGCUACAGCCGGCGAAAGGGGUCUCAGGUUGUUGGUGAUGCUGAGCGCCGUGUUCCCGAAGCAUUUCCAAUACACCGACGUGCUGGAACAGUUGAUGAGUCUGUUGAAGAUGGACGACGAAAACAUCGCUCCGCCCGUUUUGACUAUGUUUACGUUUCUCGGUAAAUACGGAAGUUUAUAUCAACAAUUUCCCGAUUUGAUGAACGAAUUGGCGCCCAUUUGCAAGGAAUUCGCCCAAACGGGUACCCCCAAGCAAGCCAAAGGGGCCGUACAAUGUAUAGUGAAGAACAUGCCCGAGUUGUAUGACACCUUAUUUUCGAGUAUACUGGAAUCGGUGAAGAACAAUCUGUCGCCCGAAUCGCCCCAUUACAGAACUGCCAUCGUGACAUUGGGACAUAUAGCCUUCAAUAUACCGGAACAAUACAAAGUCCAGAUAAAGAACAUCGUAUCCAGAAAAAUAGUCAAAGAGUUGCUGGUGAAAGAAGCCAAAGACUCGGGCGAUUUGGACGCGAUCGGCGACGGUCAGGCCUGGUGCUCCGAGGACGAAUUGCCCGAGGAGACCCGGUGCAAGAUCGAAGGGCUCAAAACGAUGGCUCGCUGGCUGUUGGGCCUCAAACAGGACACGGCCUCGGCGCAGAAAACCUUCCGCAUGCUCAACGCCUUCAUAUUGCACAAGGGCGAUUUGCUGCAGUCCGGAAAACUGGCCAAAUCGGAGAUGUCCUGGUUGAGACUGGCCGCCGGAUGUGCCAUGUUGAAGAUAUGCGAACAGAAAGGGGUCGGGGAUCAGUAUACGGCCGAACAGUUUUACAAUUUGUCCCAGUUGAUGACCGACGAGGUGAAACAAGUGCGGGAAGUAUUCGCUAAUAAGCUGCACAAAGGUUUAAACAGGGGAUUACCAAACAAGUGCCUACCGCUGGAUUUCAUGGGCUACUACGCCCUGGCCGGCAAGGAGCCCGAGAAUCGGCUCCGAUCGACCAUCCGUAACUACAUGAUAGCCGAUAUAAACAGACGACGGGACUACUUAAAGUCCCUGACGAUGGGCCCCGCUCAUUCGGACAAAGCGUUCGGUCAGUUAUCCCAUCUUUUUCCGGAUUCGAUGCUUUUGUUCGCCAUACCCAUUCUGGCGCAUGAUCCACAUUUCACUAAAUGGGACGAUGUCCAAGAGUUGACCAGGGUGAAACAGUGCCUGUGGUUUGUGCUGGAACCCUUGGUGGUGAAGAACGAUUAUUUCAGCUAUGGAUAUUACAAGAAUUUGAUUGAAAAAAUGAAGAACCACAAGGAUGCCCUCAGGCCCGAAGACGAUUCAAUUAAUUACAAAAUAUGGGCGCUUUGCGACUUGGCCUCCGGCCUUUUGCUCACUCGGUCCACCAACUACGAUAUCAAAGAUGUGCAAACGGAGAUGCGCAUUCCCGCCAUGUUCCUGAAGCCCCAACCACCCGAUUUCGUCAAUACAAGGGUAUUCCUGCCCCCCGACAUGCAGUAUCAGCCCAACAUCAAGGCCGGCAUGUUAAUAACGAACGAAAGGCAAAAGAAACCCAAGCCGAAGAAGCCGGAGGGAUGCGGACCUUUAGGAACUGACGUUCAACCUUCGGAAGCGUCCGAGACCAAAAUCCAACUGCCCGACUUGGAGGAUGCGAUGAUACAGCCACCGUCGAAGAGACUGAAAAGCCAAGGGGUGAAAGUGAAUAGUAAUAAGUGAGACAAUGUACAUAAAUUGAGGACUAAAGUUUCUCGCAGGACAAGAAUAUGGCGAGUACUCGGUUGCAGUGCUUUCUUACAGUUAACUUUUUAUUAUUAUUAUUAUCAUUAUGUUUGCGUAUUAUUAAGUGUAUUUUGAGUUUGGACGUUUUGUCGAACUUGAGAAAAGCGUUCUUGUUGUAAAGAAAGGCGAAUAUUCGAUGAGUUAGUGAGGAUUUUAUCAUAGACGAUUAUUAUUAUUUUUAUAUAUCUGGAUGACUAUAAAUUUUGAACAAUUUUUAUUUCUUCUAAUGAAUUGUAUCGGGUUCAUAAUUGCUCACAGAUUGUAUAUUUUUUUCUUAGAAUUUAUUCUAACUUUGCUUUGUGUUAUUUAAUUAUUAUUUAUAAGUAUAAAUUCGAUUGUAGGGCUUUUGUUUUUUCGAUCAAAAACUUCUUUGAUAUACAUAAGUUUAUGAUUAUCUAAUUUUACGGAAAAUUGGUAGUUUUUUCCUCAUUUCAACUAUGGAUCAGUAGUUGUUUAAACGUUCUUUUUAGUCUUAUGUUUUCUAUGGUUUUACUAAUGUACAAAAUAUACCUG